UCGAAUAAACCCAUUGAGUAUGUUCUGCUCACAAAAGCUGAGCAUACUGUUGAGUAAAUAGAUCACAGUUCUUGCUCCCUAUAAAGGUGUCACUGAGAAAUUAAGAAAACACAGGCACACAAUUAUAUACAUCUUAAAUGUAACGAGGGCUAUAAGAGAGCUAUCUAAAAACUGCUUGUGGACCACAAAGGGUCCAAGAGGCUCCUGGAGACGGGAGUAUUGAGUGUGGUGUAACGAAGUGAAAAACCUUCAGCAAGACAAGGGAACUCAAACAUCUUCUUAAGAAGAAAUGGGGGAAGCUCGUAGUUUGGAAUCAUAUGAUAUAGUUCCCAGGCCCCUCAGCUGUGUGAGGCACACUGCUCGAAGAUGAGGAGAGAUGAAAGGUGAGAAUGCCUCGAUCCUUAAGUUCACGCAAUGCUACGUGUUGAUGUUCCCAACAGCUGUAAAGAAGAGGUUACUCUCCACUCUGCCAGAUAGGAAGCACCCAAAAUACCAUGCUUUACUGGCGUACGCAUCAUUCAAGAGAAGCAAUUGCAUUUCUUGGAACUCCCAUUAAGUGAAAAUUGGAUGAACUUUACUCAUUAGUCAUUGAUUGCUUGUGGACCUUUUUAAAUGGUGCUAAUAAUAUCUUUGAAAUGUUAGAAAAGUAAGCAGUAAACACACAAAUGUGAAAAUGGAAAAAGUAGAUUUAUCUCCUAAGGUAGAAACUGAGUAGGCUGGCGUUCUAGAGGAAGGCUCGCCUGCUGGCAUCUGUGCAAUUGAAUGUGCUAACCGCCGAAGCUUAUUGAAGUGCCCAUCUGACCACUGAUUCUUCCCAUCUGUGUUAACCAACCUUUCAGUCUCAGUGGCUCAUUAAUUGAUUAGCACGUGCAAGACGCUAAAUUUGAUUCCCAGCACAUGAACACGUGCAGAAGUUGCCAAGGACAGAAUAAUAAAGAUAAGAGAAAAUGGUAUCCUAUACGUUUAAGGAAUGUACCCGGUCCAUUGUUAUGGAACACACAUAAUAACAUGUCAUCCAGGUCGGUGUGUAGGCCGACGUUUGGAAGUUGCCAGUCAGAUAUUAGGCCACAAACCAGAACAUCGGAAGACUUACCAGUCAAUAGACAGGCGGCGACGUUUACCUUGGAACAGCUGGAACACUUGGAGACUUGCCUGAAGGAAGCAGAAGAGAAGGCUAACGCUCUAUUGGAACAGCUUACAGCCUCCGAAGAAGCAAAACUACAGCUGCUUGAGAAAGUUUCCUUGCUGGAAAAAAAACUGCAGGCUGUGAGCCAGAAGAGUGCUGGGGGAGAGUCCUAUGAACACAUGGUGCUUGAGAAAGACAAGUGCAUUGAGAAGUUGCAGGCUGAAGUAAAAGCUUCCCAGGAGAAACUUACAGCCCACAAACUAAAGCACAAAAAGACAGUGAAAAAGCUACAGACUGACUUGGCAAUAGCUAAGCAAGAGGCUGCCAUUACUGUCCUGGAACUCAAGGAGAAGAUAAAGACACUCUGUGAAGGAAGGCCUUGCCCUAGAGCAUCCAGCUCGGUCGAAGUGCCCUAUGGAGGUCUCCCACCUGUGGAAGAAGGGGACAGAAAGAUCAGCCUGAUUAUGGAGCUGUCCACCCAGCUUUCCCUGCAAACUGAGAAGAUCACUCAGCUCGAAGAAGUGUUAGCAGAAAAGGAGCAGAAGAUUGAGGCGCUGGUUGCUAAGCGCAGUGACCGGCUCUCCCAAGAAGAUGCAAACCUUCCAGAAGAUUUUCAAGACCUCGCCGCUGUACAUGAUGAUAAGAGUGUUCCCGUGGCCUCUGAUGAGGAGAUGUAGAUUUCCUAUAUGACAAUAAUUAAAGUUUAGUGUCAUCAAGGUGGAA